UUUGUAAAGUAGGACAAGCUAAGCGCGCCAGAUCGCUCUUCGUUCUGCCUCGCCAGCAGCCGCGCUCUGCCAGCAGCUUGGAUUCCCCCCGCGUCUCUUUUCUCGCCCCCCAGGUACUCAUCCUAGCAGCCGCUGCGCGCUUGGCAGCAGCCCAGAUUACUUGCAAAGCUGGCUCCCUGCGCCAUGGUCACCCACAGCAAGCUCCCCAGUACAGGGAUGAGCCACCCGCUGGACACCAGCCUGCGCCUCAAAACGUUCAGUUCCAAGAGCGAAUAUCAGCUGGUGGUGAACGCUGUGCGCAAGCUGCAGGAGAGUGGCUUCUACUGGAGCACGGUGACAGGAGGUCAAGCCAACCUGCUCCUCAGCUCCGAACCCAUCGGCACCUUCCUCAUCCGUGACAGCUCAGACCAGCGCCACUUCUUCACUCUGAGCGUCAAGACUGAGUCGGGCACCAAGAACCUACGGAUCCAGUGUGAAGGAGGCAGCUUCUCACUCCAGAGUGAUCCCCACAGCAGCCACCCUGUGCCCCGCUUUGACUGUGUCCUCAAACUCGUUCAUCACUACAUGCCCCUCCCUGAGCAACAACCAGGGCAGGCAUCGCACCCUCGACGUGCCUACUAUAUCCACUCAGGUGAAGAGAAGAUCCCGCUGGUGCUGAGCCGCCCCCUCUCCUCCAGUGUCUCCACUCUACAGCAUUUGUGUCGCAAGACUGUCAAUGGGCACUUGGAUUCCUAUGAGAAGAGGACCCAGCUUCCUGCUCCCAUCAAAGACUUCUUGGACCAGUAUGAUGCGACUUUCUAAGGGGCUUUUUCAGCAGUAUUAGCCCACGACACAAGCACAAGAGCAGAAAAAGAGAAAGGAUGGAGAUGGAGAAUCCAGGACAAAACUCAACAUCUUUUUUCCCCUUAGCAUGUGGAUUAUGAAAGGGGCAGAGGGGCCCAGCACAGAAACUGUCUUGCUGUCGAUAACUUGCCAACAGGGGAUUUGUGCAAGUGACUGAUGAUGCUGUUGGGCUAUGGAACAGGCUGUUGCUCCUUGAUAAAACUGUCUCUCUGGCUUAGGAUGGGCAUGAUAGAAUGGUUUGCAAACUUCCUUAACCAACGGACCGUUUACAAAGAGCUGAUUGCUCUGCACUGGACCAGACCACCUCUAAUGAUUUUUGACCAGAACUAUUCUUCUGACAAAAGAAUACAUGCACUGGAAUCCAGCUAGUGCCUGAAAAUCAAUGUUUUCCUCAGUUUUAAGGGGGAAAUCUUUUUUAUUGCGGUUAUUGUUAUUAAUCUUUACCUCUUGCAACCUCCAGGAGGGACAAAUCUCCUUUCAACCCAAGUCUCUUCCUCGGAGGUUGUCGCCACAACAUUUUAUUCAUGGGACUAAGCCUUAAAAAAAAAAUCCACAUCCUCCAUAGACUAUUAAUGAAAUCCCAUGAAGAAAAUGCCAUUCACUCUCCGGGCCAUCAUUCAGGCAAAGGACAUAACUCUCUGAGAUUUCUUUAUUGCUUUUUGGAACACCAAACUGAAUGUUACACGAUCUGGUGUUUCUCCUGAGUGUUUAUUCUACCUUGACUUUUCUGCUCAGGCUGCUAAUUUCUUGCCUUCCUUUUUGGAAUUUUAGCUCAUCAAAAAAUGGCAUUACAUCUAUAACAGGGUGUGGAUUUGUUUGGGUCCUCGAUUGCACUGAAUAACUGAAAACCGUACAGGAAUGUAGCAACAAGAGAAUUACCUGGAACUUUUUAAUUUAACUUUUUUUUGUAAAAAAAAAAACAACCAAAAUUUUGUGGGUUCAUCUUAUUUUUGCAUAUCAGGGUUUUAGAAGGGCAGAUAAGGUUUUGUUUUUACAGAAAGAAAUGUUUACAGA